CGUACCUUUGUGGCCAUUUCCUAUUCAAAUCCACCACUACUCUCGAAGAAUAAGAACUUUUCGCGCCAAAUCUUGUAAACUAGGGUUUCGAAUCUCACGCUCAUACACACUCAUUUUCUCUCUGCCCUCUCUUGUAAAAACUCUAAAAGAUUCAAGUUCCUUUUUAUUUUUCUUGGCAAUAAAUCUCUGCCGGAGAGUUUCCAGAAAUUGUUGUGAUCGUUUGAUUGAGAAGCAAGGGCCAUUGAAGUGUCGUUGAGGAAUUUUUCUGUUAAGUUUCCAGGUCCUAUGAGCCCCAUAUAUGUCAUGAAGUUAAAGAUUAUUUCUGACUGCUGAAAUGAGAUGCAAUGCAUGCUGGCGAGAACUUGAAGGGCGAGCCAUUUCCACCACAUGUGGUCACCUCUUAUGCCCGGAUGAUGCCAGCAAGAUCCUCAGUAAUGAUGGAGCAUGUCCAAUUUGUGACCAAGUGCUCUCUAAGAGUCUUAUGAAACCCGUGGAUAUCAAUCCAAACGAUGAAUGGAUAAAUAUGGCCAUGGCUGGAGUGUCUCCACAGAUAUUGAUGAAGAGUGCAUACAGAAGUGUGAUGUUCUACAAUGGGCAAAAGGAAUUGGAAAUGCAGUACAAGAUGAACAGAAUAGUUGCUCAAUGCCGGCAGAAAUGUGAAGCAAUGCAAGAAAAGUUCACAGAAAAACUGGAGCAGGUGCAUACUGCAUACCAGAAAAUGGCCAAGAGGUGCCAAAUGAUGGAGCAAGAGAUUGAGAGCUUGUCCAAGGAUAAGCAGGAACUCCAGGAAAAAUUCUCUGAGAAAUCCCGGCAGAAGAGAAAACUAGAUGAAAUGUAUGACCAAUUGAGAAGUGAGUACGAGUCAACGAAACGCUCAGCCAUCCAACCUGCAGGCAACUUUUAUCCAAGAAAUGAGCCUGAUUUGUUCUCUAACCCUGCUAAUAUGAUGGAUAACAGAGACCCUAUCAGAAAAGAUUGGGCGCGUUUCACUCCUGACACUCCAGGGCCUAGAGAGGAUGUGUGGCCAGCGAGACAGAAUAGCUCAAACUCUGGUCCCUUCGAUAUCUCUGUUGGCUCACCAGCAAAACAAACAGCCAUCCCAUUGGAUGCCGGGAACAGAAGGGCUGGUGCUCACCCUGUUUUUGGCACUGGAGCUAGUAACCCCUCAACCACUUUAAGGAACUUGAUACUCUCCCCAAUUAAGAGGCCUCAGCUCUCUCGUAACCGCCCUCAGAUGUUCACGUUUUAGGCCAGAAGGCGACGGCUUGCCAUUUGCUGGAUCUCAGUGAUGCUGGAUAUUUUGUCUGUAAUAUUUUUUUCGUUGUCCUCAUUUUGACCCAAAAGGGGAAAAAAAAAAAAAAACACAAGGAUGAUGUAAAAUUGCUGUAGUACCAUGACCCAUCAGUCCUAAUAAUUUUUCUAUUGUAGUUUUUUUUUUUUUGGGUGAUGCCGCUGCCAACUAGUAAUUAGAAAGAAGUAGAAAUAUAUGGAAAUAUACGAUCCAACUAGAAAUACAGGUUGUAUUGAAA